UUCCUGCGCCCGCGGGUUCCGCUUCCGCCCAGUGCUGACCGCCCAGCAUGGACGACCCGGCCUGCGACUCGACCUGGGACGACUCCGGGGAGGAGGACGGCGAGGCCACGAGCGCCGGCGAUGACGCGGACGACGACGGGGCCGCCCCGGGGGACGCGGACCCGGACGGCGAGGCGGAGCAGGAGGCGCGGCCCGCGGGGCUCCAGCCCCGGACGCCCCGGAACUGGCGCGCGAUGCGGGACACGGCCCGGUACCGGCGCCACUACCCGGGCCUGCGGGAGCGGGACGGCAACGGCGACAUGCCCAAUCUGAGCUUCUACCGGAACGAGAUCCGCUUCCAGCCCCACGGCCACUUCAUCGAGGACAUUCUGCAGAGCUGGAAGGACGACUACGAGCGCCUUGAGGACGACCACUCCUACAUCCAGUGCAGGCUGUUUCCCCUGCGGGAACCCGGGGUGAACUGGCACGCCAAGCCCCUCACGCUGCAGGAGAUCCAGGCCUUCCGGAGCUGCCCCGAGGUCCAGGGGCGGCUGGUGCGGGCCUACGAGCUCAUGCUGGGCUUCUACGGGAUCCGGCUGGAGGACUCCCGCACCGGCCGGCUGCGCCGCGCGCACAACUACCUGUCCCGCUUCCAGAACCUCAACAGCCACAGCCACAACAACCUGCGGCUCACGCGCAUCCUCAAGUCGCUGGGCGAGCUGGGCCUGGAGCACCUGCAGGCGCCGCUGGCGCGCUUCUUCCUGGAGGAGACGCUGGUGCGGGGCCAGCUGCCCUCCGUGCGCCAGAGCGCGCUCGACUACUUCGUGUUCUCCGUGCGCUGCCGCCAGCAGCGCCGCCGCCUGCUGCGCUUCGCCUGGGAGCACUUCCGGCCGCGCGCGCUCUUCGUGUGGGCGCCCCACGCGCGCCUGCAGAGGCUCCCGCCGCCGGAGGAACCCACCGAUCCCGAGGAGGAGCCCGCGCGGGAGGACGGGCAGGCGGUGCCGGGGAGCCCCCCGCCCGCCCAUGCACCCGCCGAAGCGCCGCCUGAUGUGCCCCCGGAUGCGCCCGCCGAUCCAUCCGCCGAUGCGCAGGCCGAUGAACCCUCCAACUUGACCACCGAUGCACCCUCCGACGUGCCCGCCGAUGCAACGGCUGUUGCGCCCUCCGACGUGCCCGCCAAUGCACCGGCCGAUGUGCCCUCCGACGUGCCCGCCGAUGUGCCCCCCAACGUGCCCGGCAAUGCACCCCCUGAUGCACCCGCCGAUGCAACCCCCAAUGCACCCCCCGACGACGCACCCUCCAGUGUGCCCCCCAACAUGCUCUCUGACAUGCCCCCCUGCGUGGCCCCCCACACGGGCCCUGACUUGCUCACCCCAGAGCUGGACCCGGACCCGGACCCAGCCCUGGUCCGGGAGGCGGGCGACAUAAGCCCCAAGGAGAGCAAGAAGAGGAAGCUGGAGGGGAGCCGCGCGCAUGCCCCCGCCAAGCCAGAGGCAGAGGUGGGGGUGGAGAGUGUCACACUGCACCUGGAGGGCUUCGUGCUCAGCCAGGCCAGCCCCGGCGACCAGGACGCCGGGGAGGUGGUGCCGCCCGGCCCAGAGCCCUCCACGGCCCCAGGCUCAGACGAGGUGAGGAAGAGAAGGAAGGUGGGCCCCGCCACGGAGCCCCCCGUGGGGAGCCCCGAGAGUAGAGAGAACGCAGACAAGGUGCAGGAGAAGGCUGAGGGCCAGGCAGGGCCCAGGCCGGGCGGCCCCGCCAGCCCCCCGGAGCCUUAGUGGAGUGGCGGGAGGCUGGCACCGCCGGUUCUGUACCCGGUCUCCGGGCGCGAGGGCCCAUCGGUGCUGCAGCCGUUCCCAGUAAACAGGCCCGCUCUGCUGCCUCGGUGUGUGGGCGCAUUGGUGCGGGGCAUCCUGCGGCCCUGACUCCAGAGAGCGUGACCCCGCCACGGCCACGGCCGCCUUGGAGCUGUCUGGGGCUCGGCUGGCAGCACCACCUUCCUGGUCUGUUGUUUCUGCACGCCCGGCUGUGUCCAGGGACGCCGAUCACCCGCUGUUCUGUCUCAGCCCUGUUGGUGCCAUUUUCCAAAGCAGGUGCUAAUGUCAUGUUUGCAUCACAACUGGGGGGUUCUCCCGAUACUCCAAGUUUUCAGUACUACUAAGUCUGUCGUGGCGAUCUUCUGGCCUGUGAUCUUUAACGUGACGGCUCGCUGUCUGGGGUCCACACACCGUGCCCACCAGCACUGCACCAGCCCCGCCCCCCACACUUCCUCCCCCCUCCCUCUUGAUUCUGAGACAAGCAAUACUGAAAUGUGCCCGUGAAGAGUCUUCCCACGGCCGCUCAAGUGCUCAGGCCUAAAGAAGAGAAUAUCAACUUUUAGGUGGAAUUCAUGUUGGAAAUUUCAAGCUGGGAAAUUUUCUUAAAAGAGCCAGUGAGCAAUAAAUUGCAAAUUUUGAUUGAA